CUUCACUUCAUUCUUCUCAACACCAGACCACCAACACAUUCCUUCCUUCUUUCUCAUCGUUUACUUCUGGCAUAUUGAGAGCCAUGGGUAGCAUUUCAAAUGGAGCUGAUGAUGGAGGUAGUCAGUCACCAGUAUCCCCAGAAGAAGUUGAGAAUGGAGGUAGUCAGUCAUCAGUAUUUCCAGAAGAAGCUGAUAACGAAGAUAACACUAGAGGAGGAGGAGGAGGAGGGAGAGGAGAUGGUAAUCUAAAGAAAGGUACAUGGACAUCGGCAGAGGAUGCAAUUUUGGUAGAAUAUGUUCAAAAAUAUGGAGACAGAAAUUGGAGUGCAGUCCAAAAAAAAUUUGGACUUGCCCGAUGCGGGAAAAGCUGUCGUCUACGAUGGACAAAUCAUUUGAGACCAGAUCUCAGAAAGGGUGCAUUUACUGCAGAAGAAGAAAAGUUACUUGUUGAACAACACUAUAUACUGAGAAAUAAAUGGGCUCAAAUUGCUCUAGCGUUCCCUGGUCGCACAGAUAAUGAGAUAAAGAACUAUUGGCACACAAGAAGUAAGAGAUUGAAAAAAGCUGGCUUACCCAUCUACCCCGAGGAAGUAGUGGAAAGGGCGAAAAACAUGAAUCAAGAACAUUUAAAUGUAGACGUGGGAGCCGACCAAGGUGAUGACAAUAAUUCACAGAUAGAAAAUUUCGAGAUACCUGAAGUGGUAUUUAAAAGUUUCAAACUCCGACCAGAAGCAAUUGUUCUACCACCGUAUUUAGAUAUGCAAGGAAGUGGCUCGGUUGAUCAAAGUAUAGACUCCAUCUAUAAUAUCUUGUUGGGACCCCCCUCAAAACGCGCUAGAUUAGAAGAUACAACAUUCAAUGCUUUGGACAAUACAACAUUCAAUAAUAAUUCAGACAGUUACACUGUUGCUAUCCCAAUAUUUGAUCAAUGUGAAAAGUAUUGUAUGUUGUCUCCUCCCAGUGAUACCAUUCUCUGUGCCAGCAAUGGAUAUGACGAUAACCUUAUUAUUGGUAGUCAUGCCGCAUUAAAUGACAAUAUCUCUCCUUUUGAGUCUGAUGGGUCCAUGAUGAAUGAACUUAAUAUCGACCGUCAUGUCGCAUUAAAUGACACUGUCUAUUCUUCUGAGCCCAUAGACGGGUGCACGAGUAAUGAGCUCCCUUCAAUCCAAUAUUUACAGACUCAACAAUGUAGCUUGGACACGCCUGUGUCCCGAUUUCCUAUACAUGAAUCUGUCGACACAUCGAUUCAAUUUCCUCCAAUUGAGGAUCCUAAUCAAUCGGUUUUUGUUUAUCCUGCGAGUGGUGAUUUACUCAAUACAAGAUCAUUGCAGGACAAUUCAAAUGACACAAAUCUGCAAGAGGGAAUAGAAAAAUCAGCGCCCAAGAGCGUAGCUUACGAUGACAUUUGUGCAGAUUGGGAUGAGUCUUCUGCUCCAUUGUUGUAUUCUGACUACUACAGUAUUGAUAUUAGCAUGUUUUCAAUCGAUGAGCCCUACUUUAAACCAUUCAGUUGAUAGAUACUCCCAUCAACGAAAAUUUGGCGCACCAAGAUGCUUGGCACGACUUCAAUCCUCAUGGUAUCAAUCAAAAUCAAAAUGCAUAUAAUCAGAUCACGUUUAAUUCUUCUUUGAACGGAGAUUUGAAUCAAACAGAUUUUGCACUAGAUGCUUUACCAGACUGUAGUUGGCUUAGAUAUAUUACUGAAUCAAAUAUGAAUAAUGCUGAGUAUAUUUGAGUUAAAAGAUGCUUACGCACUUUUAAGAAUAUUACUGGUUUUCAUGAGUGUUUCAUCGGAAUACUAUUGGUUAACAAGUGUUUGAUCUGGAUAUUGGUUAACACUUCGUAGUGUUUGAUCAACUUCUUAUGUCAUCGUUAGUGUUUUUUAUUAGUUACAAAUUUAAAUAUUUUGAAUAUUGUGAAGUUGGUGGAUGGUUUGAAUUUGUGUUGAAUAUCACUCAUAGAAAAGUUUUCUGCAUUUGGUCUGCCAAAGA